AUGAUUAAAAUUUAUAAACAAAUAAUAAAUAGUUUAUAAACUAUCAAUAGGUGUAUAGUCCACUUUAUUACCAUAAAGUUUAAGUUGUUAUUUGUUUAUAAUUGAAAUUCGACCACAAAUUAUUUAUUAUUUGCAAAAAAAAAGCUGUACGCACAAUUUUGAGCGACGCUUUACAGCACUGCAUUCCAACUGCUUUCGAGCACUGCACUUUCUCACAGCUGUGCGGACGCAUUUAUUUUAUCUGGCCCUGGAAAAUCGCUCUCUAUUCCCGGUCACUCGAAUUUUCCGGACACCAACUCAACCAGCAACCAAACCCGGAAUCCACCAGAGCAGAGCCAUGUCCAGUAGCGAAGCGCCGGACGCGCUGGUGGAGCAGGUGGUCGAGGUGACCGCUUGCACGGCAGAGGAGGCAAAACAUUAUUUGGGGGCCUGUGCCAACGAUGUUUCCGCCGCCGUGGCUCUGUUUUUCGAGCAGGGCGGCGCGGCUGGAGCGGCUGCAUCCACAUCCUCGGCUGCAGCUGCUGCUGGUUCCUCCGGCUCGCUUCCCCUUCUGGACGAUGAGGAGGAGGUAAGGGCGCCUAUUGCCCCGGUGAGGGAGCAACUGAUCUUGCCGGAGGACGACAACUUCUUUGCGUCGGGCAGCAGCAGCCGGCUGUCGCGCGUCACUCAGAGGGUCAAGGUCUACCCUCUGAGAGACUUCGCCCGGGAAGGCGCUCUGAUGGAGGAGCAGUUACAGGCUACCGGCGUCUAUGCCGAUCCCAACGCCCAUCGGUUGCGUCGUGGACGGGCAGCCCAGAUGGUGGUGGCCGGCCAGGCCAUGGCACUUAACAGCCGGUCCUCAACGGCCACCAGCACAUCCCGCCUCGGAGACCUGUUCCGCCCGCCCACAGACAUACUUUACUCUGGAUCGCUGACCUCCGCCAGGGAAUUCGCCACGAAACGGCAACGUUGGUUGCUAGUCAAUGUGCAGGACGACAACUUUCAAUCGCAGACCUUGAACCGAGAUGUCUGGUCGGACAAGGAGCUCAAGAAAUUGAUUCGGCGCCAGUUCACUUUCUGGCAGGUGGACAACGAUACAUCGGAAGGACGGCGCUUCGUGGCCUUCUACCAUUGCGCCACUCUUCCUUAUCUGUGCGUGAUCGAUCCCCGUACAGGCGAGGAAGUGUGGCGCAGUGCAGAGCCGAAGCUGGAGAAUGUCCUCUGCGAUUUGAGGCAGUUUCUAAAGGAGCACCGCGACUUCAUCCAGGAGGAUGCACCCAGCACCUCAAAGCGAUCAGCCACAUACAUCGAUGAUGACGAGGAAGUGGAUCCCGAGGCCUCAUGCUCUUCGACGGCCAGCUCUAAAGGAACCCCCAAGAAACGGGCCAAAGUUUUGGAGCUAACCGAGGAGGAACAGCUAGAACUGGCGAUAAAGAAUUCCAUAAACGAGAACGGCGGUGGAGGUACGCAGAAGGAUGAUAAUCCCGAGGGAGCCAGCGAUAACGAAAGCUUGGAGGAGUUUGACGAUGAGGAACUCAAGGGCGUGACUGCCACUUCCUAUGAGAAUUACUUGGGCGAGGCAAAGAGUGAAAUGACUGCCUUGAAGCUGCGCCUGCUCAACGCCGCCGGAACAGAAGAGGAGAUGGUCCAGCUGCGCUGGCCCUCAGACACCAAACUGCAGACACUGAGGUUGUACAUCAACCAAACGCACAAGCACAUCCCUCUGGAGGGAUACAAGCUCAUCUGCGCCUUCCCGCGCAAAUCCCUUGAGACAGAGCACAAUGGAAGCUCUCUAAAGGAACUCGGCCUGCAUCCGUCGGCCAAUCUGCAUCUCACACUGGACGACUAAGCCACUGGGCUAAACGUUGUCAACCAGUAACCGUUUUCAUGUGUACGUUAAUUUAUUUGCAAGUUUUGUCAUCCAAAAAACCCAUUAUCGUCCCAAAAAAAUGGAAAACUCCACAUGAACUAAAAUUAUGUCUUUAAAUUUAAGUCAACAAAUAUUAAGUAAAAUCAACAUGAAAUGCUACUGUCAAGGCUCCUAAAUAAAAUGUAUUCUUUUUUUA